AUGUCGCUGCCGGCAAGUUCUACGUUAGGCGUUUUCGCUGGGCCAGCGUUUACCAAUCAUGCUUUUACUUCUUACGCACCAAACACUCCUGAGCGAGACCUGUUAUCACAGGCUCUCGACGAGUUAAAGAGCGCGGCUCCGCACGAAGUGCAUCCUUACGUGAAUGGCAAAGUGGUCGUAGGGCAGGCCACAAGCACACAGAAGAGCCCCUUCGACCAUGGCUUGGCGUUGGCCAGAUAUUCAGAGGCUACCCCUGGGCUGGUGGCAGCAGCCAUUGCAGGAGCUCUAGAGGCAAAGAAAGCAUGGUCGAGGACUUCUCUCCAGGAUCGUGCGGCGAUCUUUUAUCGAGCAGCAGCCCUCAUCGAGGGGCCAUACAAGUACAAAAUGAUGGCUGCAACGAUGCUCGGCCAGGGAAAGAACGCAUAUCAAGCGGAUAUCGACUGUGUCGCAGAGUCUGUUGAUUUCCUGAAAAUGUUUCCUUCCCUCGCCGAGACUUUGUACAAAGCCCAACCACCUAUCAACGCCUAUGGAGUUUGGAAUCGAACAGAAGUCCGGCCGAUCGACGGGUUUGUUUAUGCUAUAUGCCCAUUCAACUUCACAGCGCUUGCCGUCAACCUUGUGCUGGCACCCAUCAUUGUGGGAAAUGUGGUUAUGUGGAAGCCCAGUCCCGGAGCUAUCUACUCGAGUUGGCUUCUCAAUCAGAUCAUGAUCGAAGCAGGACUGCCUGCUGGCGUGCUUCAAUUUGUCCCCGGCGAUGCUGAGCUUGUGACUGAGGCAGUUUUCUCGAGCAGGGAUCUUGGUGGCCUGCAUUUCACAGGAAGCACAGCUGUGUUUAAAAGACUGCUUGCUCGCGUAGGUGCCAAGGUGGACACUUGGAAGUCGUAUCCACGUUUUGUUGGCGAGACUGGCGGCAAGAACUUCCACUUGAUUCACCCAUCGGCGGACAUUAGAAACGCUGCUUUGAAAUCGGUACGCGCAGCGUUCGAAUAUCAAGGUCAAAAAUGCAGCGCCUUAUCUCGAGUCUAUGUUCCUGCCUCCCUGGCAGACAAAUUCAAGUCGAUACUGGUGGAAGAAACGAGAGCGCUGACAAUGGGCGAAGCCUUUACAGACUUCAUUGGCCCUGUGAUCAGUGAAUCGGCCUUCAAGCGGGUAGCGGGUUACAUUCGAGAUGCACGAGAGUCCACGGACAUCACAGUGCUUGUUGGUGGCGACUUUGAUGACUCCAAAGGCUGGUUCAUUCGACCCACGGUCAUCGAAACCAAGGACCCCAUGAGCAAAUUCAUGAGAGAAGAAGUCUUCGGCCCUUUCAUGUGCAUUUAUCUUUACGACGACAAGGACUUUGGAUCCAAGCUUUUCAAACUCAUCGACGAAACAUCAGAAUAUGCCCUCACUGGUGCCAUUUUCGCCAAAGACCGAGGGGCCAUCAUUGAAGCCACCGAAGAACUUAGAUUCUCCGCUGGCAAUUUCUAUAUCAAUGAUCAAUGUACUGGUGCAAUGCCGGGUCAACAGCCUUUCGGAGGAUCACGGUCCAGCGGAACCAAUGAUAAGGCAGGUUCAGUGGGCUUGUUGAGCCGUUUCACCUCACAGAGAACGAUCAAGGAGAAUUUCCAGACAAUUGACACGGUGUUGUAUCCGUCAAACAUGCCGUAA